UUUUUUCUGAACCGGAUGUGACAUCACUGUGCAGCGAGAAAAUGAGAAAAUGUCGAUGACUGUGAACUACGACCAAAGAAAUGACCAAUAUAUUCCGAUAGCGCCAUGUCACUUACCACCGCCCUUGAAGAACAAGAGAAAUCUCCAGAUAAAGGCUGGUCUUAUUCCUGCAUAUUAUCCAACUCGGAUUCUGUAAGUGACAGUCCCGCAUCCAACACAGAAGCUCAGCAACAGAAGAUAGCCGAAACACCAGAUAAUAUUGUACUUACUUCUCCUCUAGAGGACAGUGUAGAAAUUGAGAGUCAUCGGGAGGAGUCCCAAGUGGGUUUUGAUGAAGUCAUUGGAGGUCAAGUGACCGAGGGUCAAGGCAUUGAUAGAGGGUCAAUAGGAACUGAGAACCAGCAACAACAGUGGUCACACCAGCAGAGUGAGGAAGGGGAGGUGCAGAUUGUGGAAAAUGGCGGUGAGACCGUUACAACAUCUACCACGGUGGAAGACCAACCAGGAUUGAAAUUUCAGGGAGACAUAACCGAAAAGGGACAGGUAGUGUAUAGAGUUGUCAGUAAUAUUGGUUCAGGGAAUCAGGACGCAAAGGCCUUAUUGGAGAAACUCUUGUCCAAAGGGAACUACCAACAACUAGCCAAUCGAGUGAAUUCAACGACAACAGCUCAGUCCAGUGCUUCUCCACAAACCAUACAAGGAACAAUCUUGUCUCAGGUACAUAGUGGACUCCCAGUCAACUGUGCUGCUGGUCAGCCACAGACCCAGGUCACUGGUCAGUUGGGAGCAGGUUCCUCUCUGUCGCUUACUCCUCAGAAUAUUCGUUCUAUACUUAGUGAUGGAAAGAUUUCCAAGGAAGAUCUAUUGAAACUGAUCAAAAGCAACCGAGCGGCUGGGGGAUUUAAGGCUCGGCUGUCGAGUCCUCAGCAGCUACAAACUCAAAACAUUAACGGAGCGGCCGGGGGAUUAAAGGCUCGGUUGUCGAGUCCUAUACAGUUACAAACUCAAAACAUUAACCAAGCAGCUGGGGGAUUAAAGGCUCGGUUGUCGAGUCCUCAACAAAACAUUGUUCCAGUCCAUCAAGCUACAAGUCCUGUCACUAGGAACCAGCAAGUACUUAAUCCCAUUCUUUUCACAGGAACUGGACAGAAAAUUGGAGCAGUGUCUCUUGCAAAACAGGCAGUUGCAGGCUCAUCAAUUGCUGAACUUUUUCAGAGUAAAAGUAACCAAGGUGUUGUGGUCAGUUUGACAUCGGCUAAUACUGUGGGUAGUCCACAGUCAUCUACGGAUGGUUCACUCUUAAAGGUUGUUCAUGUCGCAACGCCCACCCCUGUGAAACAAGCAACUACUGCAACAAAUAACGAAAUUAUUAGCAACUUGACCUUGACCAAUCAGCCGAAAGUCCAGACAGUUGGAAGUCCCCAAAAUGUGACCUCAGGAAAUCAGGCUGUUGUUAUACCAAGUGGUACCACUCAGUACAUUAUUCUCAAUCAGGGGACACCUGUACAGAAUAUAAACAGUCCAGCAGUAAACAAGCAACAGGUGCCCACAGUGUUCAAUUCACCAACAACUGUGCCCAAUAUAAUAUCGGGAGUAAGACUUGCUGGUCAGGUGACGAGGCCACUCCGAGUCGUUCACUCCGGUCCUCAGGCAAAUGAAGUUCGGGCACUUCUUGCCAGCCCCAGGUUUUCUGCUAGUCAAUCACCCACUAAAGUUGUCAUUCCACAUAAUUUAUCUGCCUUAACUUCAAUUGUGGAUAAUGCAAGCAUUACUUCUACUCAAACUGUAACUAUUGGAAUUCCUACCCAAACAACUGUUACUUCUCACAUGAUGUCCGUAGGAAGAGGAGUUAUGAAUAAGAGACAGUCUAAGCAAACAAUUGGGGGGCGGGGGAGUCGACAAAUCAGACGGAACUAUUUUGUAGAUCCAGCCUCCUAUCAAAAGGCAUCCGUUUCUGGUACCGUUUCACCGGGUAUUGAAAGUCGUGUGAUACAGACCAGCAAUACCGAUGUUGUUAAAACAGUUCCGCUUUCUCAUCAUGUAGUUAUAGCUGGGCCUCAAAAUUCAAUACGAUUAUUGCAAUCUAAUGCUAUUAAACCACCAGCAAGUGGGAAAAAUGUCAAACAAACGGCGAAGCAUGGUGUAAUGAAUCAGGUGGAGCAUGGAUACUCGUCGCCGUGUCAGGGCAACUCCUCGCUCGUGGAUUACAGUGAUUCUGAUUCCCUUUCAAAUUCGUCUGAAAAGUGCGAAAGUGAUACAGCCUCGGAUCUACCAAAGUCCCAGAACUCAGAGGGGCAGAGUUUUUCAAAUGGGAAAAUUGUGAUGCCAGCAGAGUUAUCCAGUGCCAUUGCCAGAGCUAAACCAAACGAGAAAAUUCUAGUAGACGGGAAGAACUACCAUGUGAAGUUCAUCAAAAACGUGGUGUAUAGUAUCAACAUCAAUGGACAGGUUAAAAGCUACAGAUAUGAUGGGCAAUAUCUGGUGCCAAGCUCAGAUGAACUGAGUUUGGUUGGAGGGGGAAUAGGAGACAGGAAGGAAAGGAUGUUGAGAGGCAAUGCUACAGGCUUACACAUGAGUACGCCACAGGGCAACAGCACUGCAAAGACCUUUCUUAAGACGGCAGAAGCCGCUGGUAAAGUUUUCAGAGAUGGACGCUUUUGGAAGCACUCAGUAGGCCCUGAGAAGACAGCUACAGGGAUGGACACCAACAGUAAUGAAGACUCUGGAGAAUCAGAAUCAACUAGUCAAGAAAACAAUCAAGGAAAGAAAAGACCCCUUGAAGAUGUGUCCGAUUUGCCUCCUGUUGAAGAUGAUGAAAUGCGCGUGGUUUACUGCAAGUUCUGUGGGUACACUAGCACGACUGUCAGAUCGUGUGAGCGAUGUCAUCGGACAUUCCCAGCGGACACCAAAAUAGAAAUCCAGAAGAAAAAAUUCAAACAGGAUCUGGAGGCUCAGGAGGGGGCACCUGCAAUCUCAAAACAGUCUUUUUACGGAAAGCCUGUCAGUGCUCCAAUAGUGGUACACACGGCACAGGUUACGAAUAAGGCAGGCAAUAUCAUGGUUCUGAAUUAUGUCAAUCACGGAAGACGUGUGAAUCUGGAUGGGAAAACGUACCGAUCCCCGUCUGUCAUCCGUGGAGGAAAACAGUCCAGAAAAUCGUACACUGUAGAGCCAGUCACAAUUUCUAUAUCUUCUGAUGAGGAAGAGGAGCCAGAAAAAUCAAACGUCCCAGGAUCCACUGCAACAGGAAGUAUCAAGUCCAACGUGGAAGAUGACAUCGGAGAGCUCUUGGAUGGAAUUGAACAGAACAAACGAUCGGAUUCGCCAACAUUUCAGGGAGGAAGGAUGGAGAAGAUGGAGGAUGAGGAAGGGAAGCCAGUAAUCAAGAGGAAGAAUGGCCGGCGGAAAUCUCCCACACGACCCCCAUCCCGGGGAUCAACUGUCAAUAACCCUCCCCAGGAGUCUUCGGAUUCUGCAGUGAUUCAGAAAACAGAAGCUGUGUCUCAUUUAGAUUUUAAUGCCAAGGUCAUACAUAUUGGGUCUGUGCUAGGCUGUCCCAUUGAACCAGUUGUGAUUGCUGAGGAUUCGAUCUCGUUUUAUGUUGAAUGUGAGGAGUACACUCAUAGAUUUAUUAUCAAACCAGAUCAGCUUCAGCAGUGUUUGUAUUGUUUAGAAAACAAACCUGUCAUUUUUCUGAAGACAACAGCAGAGUUUGCAGAACAGACCAGGGAAAUGUUGAAAAUAAACACGGCAGAUAAUAAAAAUUUCUUUGAUCCCAAUGAUACUGUUUUGAAACAUCAGUUCAUCAGCAUUGUGUUACUGGGAAUGGGUUCCUUAACCUACCCGAAACUGGAGAGCGUUCUGAACAAGUAUCCCAAACCGGAAGGCGUCCAGUUCCCGUUCAUUGUGAAGAUGACAGGGGAACAGGCCCUGGUGUAUCUGAAGGAGGUACAGGGAGAAGACUGUCUGUCGGAACCCGCGACUCCUCAGCCCCAGGAAAGGUCCCCAUCCCCACCCAAGAUACUGUUCACCGGUCCAGUGGUCAAAUUGAUCACGUUUCCGCCGCCCCCUGCAGCGGGAGGUAUCCAGGUCACCAAUGAGGAUCUCUCCUGUCUGGAGGAGGGAGAGUUUCUUAAUGAUGUCAUUAUCGAUUUCUACCUGAAGUAUCUAUUCCUGGAUGUUCUAAGUGACAGAGAUAGGGAGAGGACACACAUAUUUAGUUCCUUCUUCUUUAAGCGACUCACACAGAGGCAGGGUCGAUGUGGAUUAGACGACAUGGCGGACAAAACACCGGCUGAAAAGAAGCAUGCCAGAGUGAAAAACUGGACAAAGAAAGUGGACCUCUUUGAAAAGGAUUUCAUUUUUGUCCCAAUUAAUGAACACUCACAUUGGUUCCUGGCCGUCAUCUGCUUCCCAGGACUCAUGAAUGUCAAACGCAUCACGUACGUACCGAAGUCGAAUGUUGUAACACAGCUAACCAUGACAGUACAGACAGUCUCUAAUCCUGACCCCAAGCUGGCAGAGAAGGGAGGGUCGGAAAAGGAACCAGUCAAAUCAUUGAAAGCACUGAAAGAUUACAAGAUUCCAAAGUUGGUGAAGAAUGGUGACUCUGACAAUAAGAUUGAAAGUAAAAGUGAAAGUAACAUUAGUUCAGGAGAAACUAAGACAACUGAAGAGGACAAUGGCCAAAAUGGGGAAGGGGAUGUGGAGCCCAUGGAGACGGAUGAGAAUUGUCUAUCAGAUGCCCAGAAACAAGAAAUAGCUGAGGAUUCAGAAGAGAUGAUGGAUACUAGUGUAAAACAAACAGAGGGGGAUGAAAGCCAAACAUCUGUAGAGGACCAAUAUGUCUCACACUCACAGGAAGUAAAGAAAAGUGUAAAACAAACAGAGGGGGAUGAAAGCCAAACAUCUGUAGGGGACCAGUCUGCCUCAAACUCACAGGAAGUAAAGAAAAGUGAAAGUAAAACUGAAAUUGUCAAUCAGAACAAAACAACAAAAGUACACCUCCGAGCCCAAGUGAAGGAUCUACGAGGACGAGAUCUUACCGAGACAGAAUUGAAAGAUCCCAAAACUCUGCACAGUUGUGCCACUGGCAGUCGACAGCCAUGUAUUCUUGUGUUUGAUUCCCUGGCUGGACAGAACAGAUCUCGGAUUGUGUCUAUUCUCAAAGAUUAUCUUCAAGUUGAAUGGGACACAAAGAAGAAGACGCCCAAUAUCCUGAAGGAGAGGAUCCGCGGCUGCACAGCCACCAAAGUCCCCCAGCAGACUAACUUCAGUGACUGUGGCGUGUAUGUUCUACAGUAUGUGGAGAGCUUCUUUGAGGACCCCAUUCAGGACUUUAGUAUUCCACUGAAGCCUCUGGUAGACUGGUUCACAGAGGAAAGGGUCACUGCCAAAAGAAACGAAAUCAAGGAACUUGUGAUGAGACUUAAAGACAUUCAACAGAAGGACAAGUCAUGACACUUGUUCAGAAAUUCCAGGGAGAGGAUCCUAGCAUUGUGGGAUGAGACUUCGGAACAUUCAGGAUAAAUCCUGACAGCAUUCAAGGAAAUUCUACGGGACGUUAAGUCGUGACAUUUCUGUUUUUCAACAAGCAAAGGUGAUGUUGGAAGUUAUCAGUAUUUGAAGAGAGUUCCUUUCAUGUUUUGUGUUUUGGUUGUUUGGAUUUUUGAUAGUUUGGAUUAUUUCCCUUGAUCAUGUAAAAAUGGUGCUACUAAACCAUAUUUUUUAUCUGUGUUACUCUGCAUGGGUUGAGGAAAUUUUCAUUUAGGAGCUCCUUGUGACUGACAGUUGAACCAAGCAAUGACAUACAUAUUCUGGAAUCAGUUCCGUGGGUUGUAGGAGAAAAGUAUUCAAGGAUAUACCUGUAUAAAACCCAGGUAACCAUAGUGACAAUGACAUCCUCUGGAGUUAUUGAAGAAGAGAAAAAAAUGAUGAAUUUCACUAAAAAAUAUCUGCACUGAAAUGUAUUCAUAUGAUGUAUGAUGGCAAUGUAGUGAAAAGGGAUUCUGUUUGAAAUGAAAAGGCUGGAUACGUGCUAAAGAUGUACAAAGAUGAGACUUGUUAAUUGUAUGUAUGAAAUAUGUGUUCUUGCAGUUUAUACCUGUAAGUAAAAUUUCAGGGAAAUACCUACUGUAGGAUGGAGGUGAAUUGUCAGAUUGGUCGAUGAUGAUAAAAUAAUCCCAUCCCUGCAUCAUUUGUAUAUUUGAAAGAUUCCUCAUGGGAGAGAAUUUUUUAUCGGAUCUGUGAGUGUCAAUUACAACAGUUGUGUGUUUGAAAGAUUCUCCACAGGGGAGACUUUUAUCAAAUUUGUGAGGUUGAAUUAGGAAGUCAACAUUAUUCCAGGUGAUAUAGACGUUCAUUGUAAAUCUGACUUAGAGCAUUUUGUUGAAAGUGUACACCUAUUUAUAGAACUAGAGGUCCAGACAUAUAUUUCCUGUAUGUUGCAUCAUCAUUUUCAGGUGAUUGGUUUAAGAAAAGAGAGGUCCAUGAAUAUCUGCUUCAUGCGAUUGAAUACAAGAGUGUAUAAUAGUAUCCUAUUUUUUUCCCAGUAAUAUUACUGGUUUAGAAAAAUUCACGGUAGAUUAAUACAGUUUUUGUUUUCCCGUGAUACAGGCAAAAAGAUUGUCAGAUCUAGUAUUAAGAAUGAACAUGUCUGAUGUAGUUCGAUACAUUUUCCAAAGAGCAGCAAUCUGAUUUCCUGUGUCUACUCUGCAUCUGUGUGUAAUAUAUAUCAUGAUGAAAUGUUGACUUCUUUUUCUAUUGAUGUUUGUUUAGCAUCAUACACAGACAAUAUUGAGAAUUAUAAACAACUGUGUUCUGUUUGUUGCACAUUUCUGUGUAAAUGCUGUAUAAAGUGUAAAACAAAAUCAUGGAUCAUUUCAUCAUUAAAACCACGUUAUUUGUU